GGCACUAAUAUGCUUGGAAGGCUGCUUCAUGUUCAGCAUCCUACUGCAAAGCAAGCUGUCAUUACUGCAAUCGACCUUUUAGUUUUAUUGUUUAGGCCGAGCUGUUAUUAGUGCUGCUGAAAUGGGAAUAUCAUUCCCACUGAAACGAAGAGAUCAGUUGCUGGAGUACGUUUUAACUCUAAUGGGUAGGGAUCAAAAUAAUGAUCUCACUGAUUUCAACACUGAGCUUUUGCACACGCAGUGCAGAGUCUUGCUUUAAGUGCCUGUACUACUCUUGUUUCAUUAGAACCAAGAUUACCAAUGGAAACAAGAAACCGUGUCAUGAAGGCAACAUUAGGUUUUUUUGCAUUGCCAACUGAGCCGUCAAGCAUUGUCGAGAGUCUCGUAACAAACCUCAUUAUUCUGUUAGGCGCCAUCUUGCUUACAAGUGGUGAAGAUGGUCGAAGUCGAGCAGAGCAGUUGUUGCAUAUUCUUAGGCAGCUCGAUCCAUAUGUAUCAUCAUCUUUGGAGCACCAAAGGAGAAGAGGAUGUGUUGCUGUACAGGAGGUGCUGAUAAAGUUCCGCAAUCUUUGUUCUGGUGGAUUUGGUGCAUUGGGCUCCUAUCCAACCUUCACAAUGAACAAACAAAUCAACCAAGGAGGAACUAGGAGCUUGUCAAGUUUGCCAUCUGCAUUCGUGUUGCCUAGUCGAGAUUCUUUAAGCAUGGGAGAGAGGACAAUGGCGUACCUUCCUCGUUGUGCUGAUACAGACGCUGAAGUUAGGAAAGUCGCAAUUCAGAUCAUUGCACUUUUCUUCAACAUUUCAUUGUCACUUCCAAAGCAGAAGGCAUAUGUGAAUGAUAUUGAUCUGGAAUCCUCGUAUAGUGCUUUGUCCUCCCUCGAAGAGUUAGUCUCUAUCGUCAAAAGGGAAGCAUCGGUUGACCAGACUGAAGUAUUUCAGAGAGUUGUCUCCUCAGUGUGUAUUCUAUUAUCGAAAGGUGAGCUGGUUGUUUUGCUACACUCUUGCACAUCAGCAACAUGUGAUAAGGUAAAGCAAUCAGCAGAUGCUUCCAUUCAAGCUAUUAUCAUGUUCAUAAUCAGGAGAGGCAAGGAGCUACGUGAAGCUGAUGUAUCGAGCCUAUUCAGCGCCACUGAGUCAGGUCUGACCAGGGGUCGCGCAGCAAAGCGCGCCCACCUGACGAAUUUGGCCUUCACUAGCGAUCUCCUAUCAUUUCAUUGUUGGAAGGUGGAGUCAUUGCGAGAAGUUGUGCGCGCUACCAAAAGAUAAAAGGAAUUCUCGCACGUCAAGCUAGCCGAGUUUCCUGUUGUGGCUCCUACAUCAAAUCUUGAGCAUCACUU